AUGGAAACAUGUUGCUCCCUUUCUAACCUGGGAAAUAUUGUAUGCAGCGAAAGUCGUGGGAUGAGUACCAAUGUAAAUUUGCUUGAGUGCACAGAGGAUAUCCAUAAUCUGGUCAGUUGCCAUCUUUCGAAAUCUAGUUUAAAAGAGUACGAAUUUAUCCUGGCGAGAGCUGGAUUAUUUCACCUGGAGAAUGAGCAACUGAAGAGUAUGGUAGUUUUCCCAAAUCAUCGAAACAUUCUUGGUCGAUUUUGGAGACCCUUCGUUCCUGUCAAUGUCCCGCACAUGCAGGGAAAAAACGCUGUUACAAAGGGAGAAAUGUUGUUAAUCUUCAGCUAUCCGAGGAAGUGCACAAACUGUUUGGAACAGUUGUUCAGAUUGGAUGCGUUGAAAGAAGCUAAAAAUAGUCUAACUAGUCCAGUCUAA